UUCAGAUCUCUUUUAUCUGUAUAUCUAACUACGUCGACUACGUGACCAAAUUAUUCGUUCUCUACCUGUGAAAACUAAGUUUCCAUGUUUUUCAUCAUAGCUUGAUGUGCAAUUUUUAAAAGUACAUUUUACCAUUUUUCAUAUUUAUUUUAAUUCUCUGCUUCUUAACGUUUUCAACCAUAGAAAUAAAUGGUGGCGUAGCAUUAAAAAUCGUGUGUGUAGGAUGAUUUUAUGGUAGAAGAUUUUACGGUAAAAGAGACAGCUCUGAAAAUCUGCAGCUAUCCUUUAGUGGCCGUGAUAAUAGUGAUAGUGGGGACAUGUUCUAUAUAUAAUUCAGUGUGCGUGACAGAGGAGCCAUGUGCAACCUUAGAAUUGAUUUUGUACCUUAAAACGAUGUGAAAUUUACAAAAAUAAAGAAAGAUCUACGAUUUCAUUUCAAAAUCUAUUCACUUUUAUAAUUUUCACUUUGUUUCAAGAUUGAUUUACACAAUCGAUUUCCUGACGCACGUUGCUGGUUGACGAAGGAUCCAGGUGGAAAGAAGAAUUUCAAAACGCGAUGCGACUACUAGGUUUGCGAAGCUGUGGAAAGAGAAUAGUGCGCUAAGAGUAAAAAGACACAGCAGGAAAGGUAUCGAUAGUGGGGAGUAGGCACAUCGAGGAAGUCCAUAGAGGAGAUGUAUAUAAUAAAAGCGUAACAAUAAUAAUAUCCGCAGUUCACUAGUGACAUUAAUAUAAAGCAGUAAUAUUAUUACGCCGUUAUUAUUCAGUGCAAUGAUACCUAUAACUGUUGUGUUAAUCAUUCUGAUUUGUAUAAGUUAUUUCUACUUGAAUUAUCAUCGCCAACGACCUAAAACCAUAAACCACCUGUUGCCUGGUCCAAGAACAUGGCCGGUUAUUGGGAACGCUUACUAUUUUUUCGGCGAAAUCUUGAUGACAAUCUUACAAAAUAAUCAAAAUAUUUGCUUGAACAAAAGUAAAAUAUACAAUUUUUUGGAACCAGUAUUGGGCAAGGGAAUACUCACAGCUCUUGGAUUAGAUUGGUAUGCACAACGAAAAUUGAUUUCGCCAAUCUUCUCUAAAACUAAUUUACUAAAAUUUUUUGAUAUAUUUGUUGAACAAUCUUUAUCAUUAACGAAUGAAUUAGAAAAUGUAAGACUAAAUAACAACGAGAUUGUCUUUUCUGAGUAUAUAUCAAAGUGUACUUUGGAUACUGCAUGUGUUGCGUUGAUGGACGUUAAAGUAAACUCAUCAAAAAUUAGCCAAUUUCUCGAAACAAUGACAAGACUCAAGUUUAUUAUUACAAGCAGAGUAAAAAAUAUAUUUUUAUAUUCUGACUUUAUAUUUAACUUAACUUCUGCUGGAAAAACAUGUCUUCGGGAUGUAAACUUCAUACACAAUUUUAUAGAUGAGAUAAUAAAGGCUAAUAAAACACGUGAACUUAUUGUUCGAAAUAGAAGGUGAGUUUAGUAAUUUAUUUGCUUGUUUGUUUCUUUAUGUUAUUAUGAUGCCUAAAAAAUUACCUUUUUUGAAAAAAGGUAAAAAAAAUGCGCC